AGGAGGGCGCCGCCGCGGCGGCGGCCCCGGCGGUCCCGCCGCGGAGCCCCGGGGCCGGCGCCGGCGCCGAUCCCGCGGCCGUGGCGGCCCGGCUGCAGGAUCUGGAGGUCAGCAGGACGAGCAGCGCGUCCUCGGGGCCUGCGGCCGCGCCGCCCGGGGCUGGGCCACAGGAGGCGGGCGUCGCCGAUGACGGCGAGCGGCGGGCGAAGUUCGGCGAGGCCGGAGGCGACGACGCGCCGAAGGACUCCUCGGCGAGCUUCAAGGCAAAGCGAGCGGCCAACUACAACGAGUUCCGCAUGCUCCAGCAGUUCCGGCAGAGGCAGGCGGCCGCCGCUGCAGGGGAAGACACCGAGGACGAGUCGGACGGCUCGUCCGACGGGUCUGGCGGCAAGGGCUGAGCCGCGCCAGCGCCAAGGGGGGCGGGCGGACCGGCGCAGAAGGGGUAGAGCGGCCCCGAGGGAGGCCAGGGAAGAGGGGAAGCCGCGCCCAGGUCAGGUUCUCUCCUUGUCUUCGGCAGGCCACUGGGCUUCAGAGGCUCUCUCCUCCUCUCCCUCUUUUGGCCCGCGUCGCCAUGGCAGGAGCCCACGGCGGGCUUCUCGUUUCACCCCCGCCUCCGCGCCGGCGCCUCGCGCCGUGGGGCGCCCCCCCUCGCUCGGCCCGUGCCUCCCGCGUCGGGGCCGGAGCAGGUGUGCCCAGAGGAUCCCGCCGCAUCGCCGGUGCAUUUGCGAUGCGGCGCGAUACGGAGCCUGGAGUCUCUCCGGCCCGACGUCGACGGCGCAUCGGCGAUGCAUCGGCGAGGCGGUGCGAUGCUCCACUCCUCGAUGUCCCCGACGGGAUUCUCUCGCGCCGUGGCCCCGGAGGGCCCGACCCCUCCCCCC